AUGUCAAUAACUGUUUCGACAUGCCAAUAGAUUUGCCAAUCACCAUUAAACCUUAGUCCUUCAAAGAAUUUAUGGACUUUCUCCAAAUCAGAGAGAUUUGGCAAAUUAGCCAAUCCAACAUUGUAAUAAAUUCUGAUCACAAUUUUAGUUGCUAAUAAGCAUUUUACAAUCUUCCCACAAUGAUAGAAAAAAGAUCAGCAGGAAUUGGCAAAGGCAAUAAGUAUAUAAUAGUAGUAAAUAAAAGGAUUGAUUUCACUAAAGUAGUUGUUCCAAGUCCAUCUCCUUAAUAAUAUGAUUUAGGCAGUGAUGUUUAAAAUAAUCUGAAAAAGAAUAAAGGAUAUAAAUUUGGUGUGAGUAGAGAUAAAAUGGCUAGUACAGGCAUUCUUGGUACCUUAAAUCUCAAGACUCCAGGUUUUAACUCAUCAAUUAAACCUUAUAGCUCCUGGAACUUAUGAUUUAGGAUCAACAUUAAGUGAUAUUAGAUAUACAAUGAGACCUAAACCAUAAAAGAGCUCAUUAAUCUCUAAUGCUAAAGUUCCAGGACCAGGAUAAUACGAAUCAUUACCAGCUAUCCAUGAAAAAGGAAGAUAUCCAAUAUCAAAAUAUAGUAAUUCAUGUGCUACUUUAUUCAAUCCAAAAUCAUCAAAAAGAUUUACCACUGAUUAUUGUAAGAAUUAGUCCCUUUCUUAUGUUAUUAGCUACUAAAGUACCUGGUCCAGGAUAAUAUGGACUUGAUAAGACAGGAAUCUAAUAAGUAUAAUAUUUCAAUAAAUAUACAGGAUGGCAGAUAUUUUGUAUCCAAAUUCCAUGAUUCUAAUGUUAGAAGCUUUCCAAAAGAAGCAAGAAGAACAGGAUCUAAUGAAAAAUGUAAAUAAUUCAUUAUAUUUAGAUUAAACACCUGCUCCUGGAAACUAUAGAUUGCCAUCUGAAUUUGGUUAUUAUGAGGCCAGCAAAAGUGUUGGACACACUGAACCCAAAUGAA